AGGCCGGGAGGAUGUCUCUAACUGAUGAGCUGGAGACCCACUUUUCUGCAACCCCCUACAUGGUGGCAGACACAAGUGAGGGCAGCCUCUUCAGAAUCAGACCCAAUGUCUCUGCCAAUGCCACCAGGGAUGGCACAUCAGCUGACGGUUCCAUGGAGGACAUGAUUGCCAUCUGCACCAUUGGGACAAUCCUCUCCCUCAUGUGUGUGAUUGGGGUGACAGGCAAUGUCUACACCCUGCUAGUGAUGUGCCAUUACUUGCGGUCAUCUGCUUCCAUGUAUAUUUACAUCAUCAACCUUGCGCUGGCAGACCUGCUUUACCUUCUCACCAUCCCCUUCAUUGUUGGGACCUACUUCAUUCAGAAAUGGUACUUUGGGGACAUUGGCUGUCGCAUCUUGUUCAGUCUGGACUUCCUCACCAUGCACGCCAGCAUCUUCACCCUCACAGUCAUGAGCACAGAGCGCUACUUUGCUGUGCUGAAGCCCCUGGACACUGUCAAGAGGUCCAAGAGUUACCGAAAGGCCAUUGCUGUUGUUAUCUGGCUGGUGUCACUGCUGCUCACUCUCCCAAUGCUCAUCAUGAUCCAGCUGGUGCAAAGGGACAACAAAAGCAUUUGCCUGCCCACUUGGAGCAAACUGUCCUACAAAGUCUAUCUCACCAUCCUUUUUGGUACCAGCAUAGUGGGACCAGGCAUGAUCAUUGGCUACCUUUACAUCCGAUUAGCUAAGAUAUACUGGGUGUCACAAACAGCAUCCUUCAAGCAGACCAAGCGGCUGCCAAAUCAAAAGGUGCUCUAUUUAAUCUUCACAAUAGUGCUGGUCUUCUGGGCUUGCUUCUUGCCUUUCUGGAUAUGGCAGCUCCUCUUCCAGUAUUAUGAAUCCUUCCCUUUAUCUCCCAAGGUAAUGAAGAACAUUAAUUAUCUGACAACCUGCCUGACCUACAGCAACAGCUGUAUCAACCCCUUCCUCUACACCCUGCUCACCAAAAACUACAGAGAGUACCUGAAGAACCGACAGCGGACCCUUAGCAGCAGCAGUGGGUACUUCCAAAGGAGGAAUCGGUUCCAGAGGAUUUCAGGGAGAUCCCUGUCCACAAGCAGUCAGCACUGCACAGAGACAUACGUUCUUGCUCACGCUCCUCUGGGAAACAGCAAUGCCUGAAGGUAAAAUAUAUCUCCAAGAACAAUCAGUACUGACUUCCCUGUUGCUUUGAUUUAAAGUGUACGUUGUAAAGACAAAGACUUAGCAGAUCCAUAAUGUGCACACAUUUAAUCCAGAGGCUGUGCUGUCUGUUCCCAUUUUCUUCAGUGCCACCAAUUUGAUGCUAGCAGCGUUCAGCUGAACAUCUAUCUAAAUAGCCCUUUGCUUUUUAUCUUUGUAUUUUAUAGUGUAUAUCUCCUUCAAGUAGACACCAAUAAUGAGAGCCUAUAACAGGGUCAUGUUUUUAACAGUACCAGCUGUCUCACAGUGUUUAAAAUGUUGUUAUCCAGUGAAUGGCUGUAGUUUGCUCUUUCUUUAGGUGUAAUGCUAGAUUUAU